UUGCAACAUUAGUAGUUUAUAAAACCGAGUAGCAAGCAACUGAAAGUGUAGCCUGUUUCAAGUGCUGUUGGGAGCAUGCUAGCACUGUGCCUGUUAUUGUGCGUUUUGGCGUCAGCCACCGGCUUGGGUCUACCCGAGUACAUCCAGUCUUGUUCAAGGAAUGACCCUAAUUUAAACGCGUGUGCUCUGAAAUCAGCGAGGGAUUCUCUCCAACAAUUUUCCAUGGGCGAUCCGAGCAGGGGUCUAGACCCGCUGGACCCGCUUUUCGUGCCUGUGAUGACAGUAUAUAUUCCCAAUGAAAACGGCCUGAAACUUGUCUUUAACGACAAUUCCUUUAGCGGGCUUUCAGUACUGCGACUUGAUGAUUUUAAGUUUGAUCUGAACAAGAAAAUGAUAAUGGUUGAUGCUUUGGUAAAUCUGGACGUCACGAGCAAAUACGAUCUCAGCGGGAAACUAUUGGUAAUUCCUAUCAAGUCGUCUGGCGAUUCCUCUAUUAAGCUCAAAAACGCUAAUCUUCACAUUCGCUUCUGGUACGAGCACGUCGAUGGCGACGAUGGAAAAAUUCAUUGGAAAAUAACAAAGCACGAUAUUAAAUACGAAGUGGAAAAGGCCAGUUUUCGCCUAGAAAAUUUAUUGAAUGAUAAAAAUAUUGGUGACCAAGUGAAUCGCUUUUUAAACGAAAAGUGGCGAGAGAUAGUGGCAGACGUGGGCCCCUCCAUCUGUCAGUCUCUGAGCACGGCCGUAGUCCAAAACCUGGACAAACUUCUCGCUCAAGUUCCCUACGACGAUCUUUUGCCCGAAUAAAAUUAAUAA